AUGACAAGUGCGUUGAAUUGGAACGCCAGGAAAAGUCUACUUGACUUGAAGGCUCCAGUAGCAAGUGAGACCAGCUCCACGUGCAGUACGGACAGUUUCAGGUCCAAACGGUCGUCGAAGGGGAAGCACAAGAGUUCGGUCUCGAUACUGAGAACUGA